AUGUAUUUAUUUCCAGAGCUUUGGUAUGUCACUGCAGAUUGCCCCGAUGACUGGAGAAGACAUACAGGUUCCUGUGACCUCUUUGUCACUCGUUAUCCAAUGGAAUGGAUUGAUGCACUGACUUUCUGUAAAUUGCAUGGUGGGAAAUUAGCGGAAGUAGAAUCGCGGGUAGAGAAUAACUUUCUAAUGUCACAAGCGAAGCUACUCGGAGCUGCAGGUUUUCAAUGCAUCAUAGCGGAGUGUCCGGAUGACUGGAUAAAACAUUCGGGAUCAUGUUACAUCGUCGUCACUCGAUAUCCCAUGCAGUGGAUCAAUGCUAUGUCUUUCUGCAAGACGUAUGGAGCGACUUUAGCGGAAAUAGAAUCGGCAGCUGAAGACAGGUUCCUACAAGACCAAGCUAAAUCACUAGGAGAUCCCUGCCAUGGUACCUCUAAAACAGUCGUUUACAGAAACAACGUAUUUAAGCAACAAAAAUGAGACUGCAGCCUCUCAGACCGGAUAUGGACCAGACAAAGGACCUCCCGUUGGAGCCUCAGCGGUUCUUGGAGUUACUAUAACACUCAUUGUCGCCUUGGUUGUGAUCAAUGUUCUACUGUACAUGAUCCGGAACAGGAGACAACACACGCCCCAAGAGUCUGCUAGUCUACCAGAACCGGCAAACCAUAUCACCGUGAUGUAAGCCAGUCAUACGACAAACUCGAGAUAAUGUUAUGCCUUGCAAAUUUUUAGCGGAACUGAAUAUAUGUCAAUAUCUUUAUAGUACCGAUGUAUCUGUGCAUUCAGAGGGUUCUGAACGUUUGGAAGGAAAGUUCAAGACUAUUUUGUUUAUAAUUUUGGAUAUAAACUCACAUAGUUUUGUAAAAAUGAUGAAAUAUAAUAUUGUAGAUAACCGAAUAGGCAGUGACAAAUACAGUGAAAUGCAAGAACAGUAGCAUAGUCGCUUACAUAUGAUCCAUUGUACACUAAGUCGCUUUUUACAAAAUUUAGAUGAUGUAGAAUUGUGCAACUUAUACUUGCGCAUAUGCACAAACCAUUUUCCUUUACGAUACCAAAGUGUAACAUUGUACAAAUGUCGUCGAAUGAUGCUACCGGUGAAAUGCCUACAAGGGUAAAAUCAUGGUCCCGGCACAAAAGCAGACAUAUUUUGUUUGAGCAUUAAUACCGCGGCUGUUAGAUCUAUUGAAUGUAACUUCCAUGAUCUAGAUAGAGGGGUAACCACGAGAACAUUCCAAAUAUAACGAGUGAAAUUUAUAAUGUCUUUUUUCUGACGUAACUAAAGGAACUUUUGGUAUUAUUUACCCACGACCCUAACAUGUACAACGCAACAAACCAUGGUUUAACCGCUAAUGUAGAUCAACAAAAAAGAAAAUUCCACUCGGCCACACAAAUUUAUUCUAAAUACAUGCUGUAUUGUUUAUAGGAGUUGGGAAAUUGAUCACUGUUCGUCAGCUUCACCUUUCAUAAAAUAGAUGCCCCACCCCCCAAAAAAAACUGACAAGAAAAAUAUAAGAAUGUAAAAGGUGACUGUAUCCGAAUUUAUAAAACAACAAAUAAGAAAUUUACACCACAGUAAUCCCAAAUAUUAUAGCAAAAUACGUAAUUUGAAAUGUAAAAGAAUACGUACGCUAUAGGCAUUAAUAAUGUUAUUCUUAAAAGAUAUUAAUGGAUGCGAAGACGAGAUAAAUAGUACUGAAAAUUUAACAAAUACACGUACUUACACAUCGGAUGAUUUCUUUGUGUUGAAUAGUAGACGAUGGAAAAAUUAAAACACCCAUUAAGAAACUUAAAAAUAAUAAAACAGUGGGACAUGACUUCGUAAUUAAUGAACCUAGUGUUACGAGAAUUUCCGUAUUAUUUCCAGUGUAUAUAUUCUUUUGAAAAUUUGUUUGAUGACAGCGGUUUUGUAAAAGAGGAGUUGCUAAUAUGCAUUAUUAAACCCGUUUUAAAAGAAACGGUGGCCUGAAUCAGCCAGGAAACUGUAGAUAUCACAUUGCUUGGAUGUCUUGGCAAACUAUUUACAUGUAUUUUGAGUAAGCGCGUAGGGGACUAAUUUUAUUAGUGAUAGACAAACAAUUUUGAGAAGAAACAAUUAUCACUCUAGACCAUAUGAAAGGUGCAAAUAACGAACAGUGAUCAAUCUCAUAUAUCAACUCAGCAAUUUAUAUCAACUUAGCAUGUUUAUCGCAUACUCUAUUCAGUAGGAAGAAAACAGAUUUUGUGUUUUUCUAGUUUUCAAACAAGCGUUUGAUACAGUCUAAAGAAUUUUUUUUCGUAUAAGCAUUUAGAAAAUAGAAUUAAAGGAAGGUAUAAUCCCUUUUUAACGAAAUAUGUACAACGGCAUCAGAUCUACGAUAAGUAUGAACGUCAUGUCACCUCACGGUUUCUUUUUGAAGAUCGCCACGUAGAAAGUUUACCCCUCUUUCUAUUUUCUAUUUAUUUUGAUGCCAUAGAAACGUUCUGGAUAGAAAAACUAUUGUUGGUUUACAUAGCAAUAGUUCUUCUAUCGGAGAUGAGCUCUUUUUAUAUCAUUUUACGCUGAUGAUACUAUUUUGCAGAUACCUAAGGUGACUUUCAAAAAGCAUCAUAUGAGUUUGAUGUGCACUGUUCUAAAUAUGAAUUAAAUCCAAACGCUGAGAAACCGUUAUUGAUUUUUUUUCUGACAACAAUAAUGUUGUGUUAAAAUUGUGAAUGAAUUCAAACAUUUUGGUAUUGCAUUUUCUGGAAGUGGAUGUUUUUGUAAUGCCCAAAAACAUCUAAUGGAUCAAGUGCAUAACACAACGGGCGGUAUCAUUAGAAAAUCAAGAAAAUUCAAUCUACCAUUAAAACACCAGCUUGAUUUGUUUGAUAGAGUAGAUAUGUCAAUAAUAUUCAUUGGUAGUGACUGAUGUUGAUACGAAAAUUCAAAAUUUUACCGAAAGAGCUUAUUUCAAUUCACUGGCUAUAUAUUAUGCAUGAAACGUAGUACACCAGAAUAUAUGGUUUAUGGUAAAUAAGAUCAGUUUCCUCUGUUAUUCUACAAUCAAUGAUGAUGUUUUAUGGACAAACAUAGGGCAAUGUUAAGAAAAGAAAAUUGUGUUUACUGUGUAUUCAUUUAGUCGAUGCAUGUAUAAUAACGAGUGUGAAAUUAUGAUUUAUUUUUAUGAAAUAUUCUAAAUUGGACUGGACAAUGUUCUGUCAUGUUUAAUGUCAAAUUGAUUACUACUGUAAUUAGAUAAAAACUAAUUACCAUUGGAA